AGCACAACUUUGCGUGUCCAAGAUAUGGAGGUUCUUGAGAAAAAUAUUGUGGUAACUCUCUGCAAACUUGAGAAGAUAUUCCCUCCUGCAUUUUUUGACUCAAUGGAGCACUUACCUGUUCAUCUAGCUUAUGAAGCUAAGGUUGGGGGGCCCGUGCAGUACAGAUGGAUGUACCCCUUUGAAAGGCUUAUGCAUGAUAUAAAGCAGAAGGUAAAGAAUCGAGCAUCGAUUGAAGGUUCUAUUGUCGAGGCUUACAUCAUAGAAGAAAUAUCAACUUUCUGUUCGCAUUAUUUUGAGCCUUCUAUACAAACGAGGUUAAAUCAAGUUCCCCGUAAUGAAGAUGAAGGGGAGUUUGAUCUCGUGGAUCGUCUAUCCAUUUUUACUCAUCAAGGUCGACCUUUUGGAAAACCUUCUGCAAGGCAUUUGACUACUCAGGAGUUUAAUGCUGCUGAGUUAUAUGUUCUUCUUAAUUGUGUGGAGGUUCAACCUUUUGGAAAGUAAGUUACACAAGUACUUAAUUAUAAUCAUGCUUAAAAAUGCAUAUGGAGUACAAUAUAUGUGAUUAUAGCUUUUGUCUUGUAGGUAUUUUGAUGAUUAUAUCCGGCAAUCUUGUCCAAAUAUAAGCCAAAUUGAUUUGGAAAGACGACGCGAAAUGGAGUUUCCGGCUUGGUUUAGAUCAUAUGUGAGCUGUAAAUUCAUAAAUAUAAUAAUAAAUUAGACUUUCACUUGAUUUAUUCUUACGAUAUUAUUUUUAUCAUGCUAGGUUAAUGACAGUAAAAAUCAUGUUGAUGGGCGCUUAAAGGACCUAUCAUAUGGCCCUGGGAAUAAAGUUAAAUGUUAUAAAGGCUACUUUGUGA